UUACGCAUUGAUAAUCCCAGAAGGCCAGAACAGUCAUAUUGGGCCGGAUUUGGGCCACAGGGAUUCAGCCUAACUAACAAACACCUGGCCCACAUUUCCCUGGCGCUUUCGGGCGGGAAACUAAAAACUCAAUUAUCUAUUCAUAGUCCAGUGCCCAAGCCGAGUGUGUCGUCCUUACCUUUCCCUGCGCCGGCGACGAUGGAGAGGAUCUACGUGACCGUGAGGGCGCGGCCGCUCUCCCCGGAGGAAUCCAAGUGCAGCCCAUGGAAGAUCUCCGGUAGUUCUAUCCACCUCACCAACCAGCCUUCCAAGUUCGAAUUCGACAGAGUUUUUGGGGACGAAUGCAGAACUAUCGACGUCUACGAAGCUCGCACCAAGGAGAUCGUUGCUUCCGCCGUCCGCGGCUUUAAUGGCACAGUUUUUGCUUAUGGGCAAACUAACAGUGGCAAAACUUAUACUAUGCGGGGUUCAAAUUCAGAACCUGGAAUUAUCCCCCUCGCUGUGCAUGAUUUAUUCAAGAGCAUCCAAGAGGAUAUGGAUAGAGAGUUCCUUCUCCGCAUGUCUUACAUGGAGAUAUAUAAUGAGGAAAUAAAUGAUCUUCUGGUCCCAGAGCAUCGUAAAUUGCAAAUCCAUGAAAGCCUCGAGAGGGGUAUAUAUGUUGCUGGUUUAAGAGAAGAGAUUGUGACCUGUGCUGAACAAGUUCUUGAUUUGAUGGAGUUUGGUGAAUCUCAUCGCCAUAUCGGAGAGACAAACAUGAAUCUUCAUAGUAGUAGGUCUCACACUAUAUUUCGCAUGAUUAUUGAGAGUAAGGAAAGGGUGGAAGAAGAGGGCACAAUUGAUUCUUGUGAUGCAGUCCGUGUAUCAGUUCUUAAUUUGGUGGAUUUAGCUGGGUCUGAACGUGCAGCCAAGACUGGCGCAGAAGGCGUGCGAUUGAAAGAGGGUUCUCAUAUAAACAAAAGCCUAAUGACGCUUGGUACUGUCAUAAAAAAGUUAAGUGAAGGUGCAGAAAGCCAAGGCGGUCAUGUUCCUUAUAGGGACAGUAAGCUCACUCGGAUUUUACAGCCUGCACUUGGAGGAAAUGCUAACACUUCAAUCAUUUGCAACAUUACAUUGGCACAGGUUCAUGCGGACGAGACUAAAAGCAGUCUUCAGUUUGCAAGCAGAGCACUGCGUGUUACCAAUUGCGCAUGUGUUAAUGAGAUCCUAACAGAUGCAGCUUUAUUAAGACGCCAAAGGAAAGAAAUUGAAGGGUUACGAGCAAAAUUAUUGAGCUCUCACUCAGAGCAUUUGGAGGAAGAAAUACUUAACCUUCGAAACACUCUGCUACAGAGUGAGCUUGAGAAGGACAGAAUAGCAUUGGAGCUAGAAGAGGAAAAGAAAGCUAAAGCUCAUCGUGAAAAGAGAUUGCUAGAGCAAGCCAAAAAAAUUGCUAACCUUAGUUCACUGGUAUUAUGUUCUGAAAGGGAUGAUAAGAGUACAUACCUUAGUCAGAACAAAAGAAGACUAACAUGGUGCCCAGGACCUUCUCGAAAAUGUAACAAUGAGGUGCCCGUUCCAGAUUCAAUUGCUACAGAUCGCAUUAGACAUGAUUCUGAUAUUGGUUUCCAUGUCCCUUUUGAAGAAUUAAUAAAAGAAAAUAAUGUUAAUCCGGAUAACAUGAAUCAUGAUGCUAGUUUGCCUGAUAAUUCGGAGGAUGACUAUGAUUGCAAGAACUUCUUUUUUCCAGAUGCACAUGCUUUGCUGCAUGUUACAGAUAGGAAAAAAAUCCAUUCCAAAAAGCUCGGCUUGCUUUCGGCAGUAAGUGAAACUGAUGAAUGCAACCACAUUGACAUAGAAAAGAGCAUGAGUUAUCAUCGCCAGAAUGCCCUGGACUUAGAAUUUAGAAGCCCAGCAAAAAAGUUAUCUGAAUUCAGUCCUAGCCAUGGCAGCACUAUCGCCUCGAGUGGUAAAACAAGCUGCAGCGUAACUCGUGGGUGCAAAAGCUUAACUGAGAGGGAAUCAGAGGCAAUCGUUGUCAUCAAACAACUCCAGGAUCAGAUCAAGUCACUAGAAAUUGAGAAGGCUUCUAUUCAAAAAAAUUUGGACAAUGUUCUUGAGUUGGCUACUGAACAGAAUGCUUCCUUCAAGGAGAAGUAUGAAGAGCUCAAUCAAGAGCUUUUACAUGCGCAAGAGGAGGCUAGGGCAUCUUGUGAACAGCUUCAACCAGUGGUAUUAACUGAUGCAGUUAUAGGAAUUAAGUCAGAUUUAUCUGGAAAGGUUGUAACUGAAGUCCAAGACUUAGCGAUGCAGGUUGAACAUUCAAAGAAAUCUAUGGAUGAUACUGUAUCCAUAGUUAAAGAUCUAUUCAAUGAUUUCUCCAUCCUAGCUGAUGCAUUUAUGGAAUUCAGGUCAUUUGCUGAUGCAGAUGCUGCUCAGUUCAAAUCAAUAAUUGCAGGACAUAACGAAAUACAAAGAUGUACGAUGAAGAGAAAUUGUGAGCUUGAGCAAGAAAAGGACAUUCUCCACAAACAAUCUGUUGCCUAUCAGAAUCAACUGCAGGAACUUAUAUCUGAAUUGGAAAAUCAGCGGAAAGCUAUGGAUGAUCUUGGACUUCAACAUGAUCUUCAGAGGGAUGACCUCCUGUCUCAAGUCCUCAGUCUUCAAAAAGAAGUGUCAUGCUUGUCAUCCUCUUCUAUAGUAAGAGAGAAGGAAACCAUCAGAAAGGAACUUGAUAAAACCAAGGCAAAGUUGAAGGAUACAGAUUUCAAGCUUAAAAAUGCUAUUCAAGACAAGAUAAAACUAGAGAGUGAAAAGGCACAGGCUGAGCGAGAAAUCAAGCACUUGCAAAGUCAAAAUGUUGUUCUCGAACGUGAUAUUUGGAGACGUGACUCACUUGGUGCUAGGAUGCGUGACUCUAAAUCAAGUGAUUAUAACCGGCAAAAGGGUAUCAACAUGAUUGAGCAAAAUCUUCAGGAAGACCACCAAAAACUCGAGCUUCGUGUCUUUGAAAUGGAGGCUGAGAUCACUUGUUUGAAUGAGGCUUUGCUGUGUGCAUUUAAUGAAAAGGAAGAAGCCGUCUCAAGGAAUGAAUUUUUGAAUUCAGAAAUAGAGGCUCUUUCGGAGAAGUUAGGCACUGCAGGUUCUGAGAUAAAGUCAUUGAAGGAGGAGAUGGUAGCCAUGGCAGAGAGAUUGGUUGAGUCUGAAUCAGUUUUGAAAAUAACGGAGUCCUCUAUGAACUCUGUGUUAAGAGAAAAAGAAGAGAUGGGAAUACAAUUUGCAGAUGCCCUUUUAGAAAUGGAGGCAGAAAAAUCGAUAUGGUCAUCUAAAGAGAAAGCUUUGUUGGAUGCUAGUGAAAAAUUAAAAAUGCAGAAUAAUCUGACGCAGAAACUAUCUGAAAAUUUACUAGAGGCAAAGCAUGAUCUGAAGUUUUCUGAAGAACAAUGCGAGGAACUAAAGGAAAGGCUAAUCUUCGUCGAAGAAAAGGCACAGGAAGAGAAACAAAGCAGCUUGGCCAAGUCUUCUGAGAUUGAUCAACUAAGAAACGAUCUUAAGCAGUGUGCAGUUGAGAUUGUGGAACUGAAUGAAGUGAAGUCAAGAUUUGAAGCACUGUCAUCAGAACACCAACAUACUUGUGAAGAAUUACGAAAACUGCAGGAGCACGUGAGCAUCAUUUCUAGAGAAAAGGAUGAAUUAUCUUCUCUGGAAUCAGUUAUUGGUCAAGAAUUGAUAGUGAAGGCCAAAACUGAUUCAAAUGAAUUAGAAAAAAGGAUUUUGCAAAUGGAACUCAAAAUGCAUAAGGAUAACUUAAACUACAACAAAGAGAGAACAAAGCUCAGAAUGCAGCUUCGCUCAAUGCAGGCAACUUUAGAUGCUUAUCGUGGUAGAUACAAAGAGGUUGUCGAUGAAAUGGGUCUGAUGAACAAGAAAUAUGAAGAAGCAUCGACCAAGUUAAAAAAGCAACUAGCUCAAUAUGGUAAUGAAAUACUUAACUUGAAGAAGCAGUUGGUCACUAAAUAAUCUACUUUAAUUACUAUGUAUUAUAUGAUGAUUCCUGCCCUUUGUAAAUGUACAAGCCUGUAUUAUGCCUGAUGCUGUUUUUGCAUUGGAAACAACCAAUUAUUCUGUUCAUGUUGGAAAAGUUGUAAGCAAUUUAUUAUCAUAGCAAAGAAGGUUUUGGUUUGAGUUUUA